AUGAUUGCACCUGCAACAACAAGCUUGUUUAAGAUUCUUCUCAAGUAUAGGCCUGAGGACAAAGCAGAAAAUAAGGAUAGGCUUUUGAAAAGGGCUCAGGCAGAGUCUGAGGGUAAAACAGUUGAGACAAAGAAGCCUAUUAAUGUCAAGUAUGGUCUCAAUCAUGUUACCUAUCUCAUUGAGCAGAAUAAAGCCCAGCUUGUUGUGAUUGCUCAUGAUGUUGAACCAAUUGAAUUAGUUGUCUGGCUUCCAGCAUUGUGUAGGAAAAUGGAAAUUCCAUACUGUAUUGUUAAGGGCAAGGCUCGCCUUGGAACUGUUGUCCAUAAGAAAACUGCAGUUGUUUUGUGCUUGACAACUGUUAAAAAUGAAGAUAAAAUGGAGUUUAGCAGGGUCCUUGAAGCAAUCAAGGAAAACUUCAAUGACAACCAAACUAAGGAGAAGGAAAGGCUUAUUGCCAAGGAAGUUGCCCAGAGGAUGACUUAG